GGAAGAAGAUUCGUUUCACCGCACUCUCUGUUGUUUUGACAUGAUACUGGUUUAAUACGAACGGCUAAACAUGUUAUAUCUGUAAAUAGAAAGAGAAUCAGGUCAGUGAAUACUUUUAAUGUCUUAUCAGUCGUGACUAAGUGUUGUGACUAAGGUUUGAAUCGAGCAGGAACAUCUGGAGGAGUUUAUCAUCUGAACUGAGAUCUGCUGCUGUGAAGAUGUUUGUGAAAGAGGAGAACACAAGUGAACCAGAAACCUGGAGAAUAAAACACGAACCAGAAUCUAUGAGAAUAAAACACGAGGAAACAGAAACUUUGAGUAUGAAACAGGAGGAUCCAGAUUUUUUGAGAAUAAAACACGAGGAUCGAGAAGAGUUGAUUGAAGAAAACGAGGAAAAUAAAGAAUCAAGUGAAGUCGAGGAGAAAAAUCAUGUCAAAACUGGAGUAAAACCUUUGAGUUGCUCCCAAACUAAACAGAAAGGUUUAAAGAAAAGAAGAGCUAAGAAAGCUCUCACCUGCACUCAGUGUGGAAAGUGUUUCACACACAAUACAAGUCUUAAUGUUCACUUGAGGGUUCACACUGGAGUGAAACCUUAUAAGUGUUCACACUGCAACAAGAGAUUCGUUAAGUCAGGAGACCUGAAAAUACAUGAGAGGAUCCACACUGGAGAGAAACCUUACAAGUGUUCACACUGCAACAAGAGAUUCAGUCAGUCAAUACAUCAGAAAACACAUGAGAGGAUCCACACUGGAGAGAAACCUUACAAGUGUUCACACUGUGACGAGAAAUUCAGUCAUCCAUCAAAUCUGAAAAGACACGAGAGGAUCCACACUGGAGAAAAACCUUAUCACUGCAUUGACUGUGGGAACCGUUUCAAUCAUUCAUCUGCUCUACACAGGCAUACAAAAAACUAUCACAGUAAGGCUCAGCACACACUUUAGCUUUAUACUUUAGUAUAAACUACUUUAUAGUUGAGCUGUAUAUGUAAAAAAAACAAAAAAAAACAUAUAUAUAUAUAUAUAUAUAUAUAUAUAUAUAUAUAUAUAUAUAUAUAUAUAUAUAUAUAUAUAUAUGUGUGUAUUUUUUGUUUUUGUUUUACGUAUACAGCUUAACACAUGUCUAUGUGUGUGUGUUUCAUCAAAAUGGAUCCGGAAUUUUGGGAGCCUGAAAAUGCUAUAUAUAUAUAAAAAAAAAAAACUGGGUCUCAAGAGUGGAUAAAUCUUAAACCGACACUUUUGUGUGUACAGCUAAUCUGUAUAUGUUGAUACAGAUACAGUUACCACCUCACGUCUUGACCCCAGUCAGACACCGCUUCCUUAUGUACAGCAACAACAAUAACAGGUGGACUACAUGCUUGUGUCUGUGCUGCAGAAGCCUGUUAGCUUUACUAACUUUAAUUGCUUUUCUUGUUGUUGUGUUUGUAUACAGUGUGCAAGGUUUAUGCUCAUGCUUCAAGUCUUCUCUGUUUUUAGUGUAUCUCUGGGGCAGAAUUACAGCGCCACAUAGUGGUCUGACAUGUAUACUACAUCAUUUUGAGUUGGUUUCAGUGGUUGUGUGUAUACGCAGAUUUUUGAGACCGUGCUGUUUACGGAGGAAAAAAUUAAUAAAAGAUGUAUAUGGAAA